AUGCAAGAUCAGCGACAAAUUAAGUCUCUACGCUCUAAAGUCAAACUGGUUAGCACCGAGUUUUGGUUUGUUGCUGAUGCUGGAUGCUCUGAUUCACUGUCCUUUACUUCAGCUGGAAUUUCUUUGGCUCUUCAUGACUACUCUAUUGGAACUUCAUGGCUGGUGAUCUAUCUUCACUCUGAUGCUUCCUGGAUAUCUCAACCUUGGAUAUUGUCUGGAUAUUUAUCUUCUCCAUUUGCAGAAGAGGAGGUGCUUUGUUUUGCAACAAUGCUGGCAUGGAUUCUCCCAGGCAUAGACUCUCUGCCUCUUCUGUGGAGUGAUUCUCUUCUGUGGUUUUUUCAUAGCUCUCCUCCAUCUUAG